AUGAUGUUUAUGGUGUGUCUGGUGUUGCGGGUUGUUUUUGGUGCAGAGGAAAUAAGAUGCAUACCAGAGGAGAGGGAAGCACUCCUCCAGUUCAAGAGUGCCCUUGUGGAUCGCUAUGGCAUGCUCUCCUCUUGGACCACUCCUCACUGUUGCCAAUGGGAGGGGAUUCGCUGCAGCAACCUCACCGCCCAUAUUCUAAGCCUCGACCUUCACGGAGAGGUUCAUUAUGAAACUUCUUUCAAUUUUUACAUUGAAUUUAUGUCAGAACGUUUUAUCAGUGGAGAGAUCCACAGGUCGUUGAUGGAGUUGCGACAAUUGGAAUAUUUGAACUUGAGUUCCAAUUCUUUUAGAGACAGCAAUAUUCCAGAGUUUCUUGGUUCUUUGAGAAACUUGAGAUACCUUGAUCUUUCAUCAUGUGAUUUUGACGGAAAAAUUCCAAGCCAGUUUGGGUUUAUUUCUCAUUUGAAAUACUUAAAUCUUGCUGAUAAUUUUUUGGAGGAUUCAAUUCCUCGCGAACUUGGAAAUCUCUCCCACUUGCAGUAUCUUGAUCUCAGUUUCAAUGAUUUGAAAGGGAAUAUUCCAAUUCAACUGGGAAAUCUCUUCCAAUUGCAGCAUAUUGAUCUGAGGCACAAUUAUUUUGUGGGAAAUAUACCAAGUCAGCUUGGAAACCUUUCAAACUUAUACAAGCUCUAUAUUGGAAACGAUGGUACUCUCAAAGUUGAUGAUGGAGGCCAGUGGCUAUCUAAUCUCAUUUCUUUAACCCAUCUUUACUUGGAUUCCAUACCAAAUCUUAAUCAUUCUCAUAAUUGGCUGCAAAUGAUUGGCAAGCUACCAAAACUAAGGGAACUAAGUUUACGAAAUUGUGGCCUUUCUAAUCAAUUUUUUCUUUCGUCGAGGCCAUCUAAAUUCAAUUUUUCUACUUCCCUCUCGGUCCUUGAUCUUUCCCAGAACACCUUAACGUCACCAAUGAUAUUUGAGUGGGUGUCAAACUUCACUUUCAACCUUGUUGAGCUUCAGCUUACUGAUAACCUCUUGGAGGGUUCCAUACCAAAUCACUUUGGUUUGACAAUGAAUUCACUCAAGUACCUUUACCUUUCAUCUAAUAGAUUCAAGGUUGAGGUUUUGCAAUCUUUCAUGAAUAUAUGCACGUUAAAUUCUUUAAAGAUAGCUUCCAACAGUUUGAACCAGGAUCUUCCAUCAAUUCUUCAUAAUUUGUCUAGUGCUUGUGCUAGAUAUUCUCUGCAAGAAUUGGAUCUGGUGGCAUUUAAUCAAAUAAAUGGUUCUUUCCCGGAUUUCUCAAUAUUCACAUCUUUGAAAAUGCUACAUCUUUCUGGAAAUCAAUUAACUGGGAAGAUACCUGAAGGCAUAUUACCAUCUCGGUUGGAGUCACUGUCAAUCGAAUUCAACCUUCUUGAAGGUGGAAUUCCAAAAUCAUUUGGGAACGCAUGCACUUUACGCUCAUUGGACGUCAGUUCUAAUAGGUUGAGUGGAGAGCUUUCAGUGAUAAUUCAGCAAUUGUCCGGAUGUGCUAAAAACUCGUUACAAGAUUUGAAGUUGGGAGGAAAUAAGAUCAAUGGUACGUUCCCUGACCUUUCAAGAUUUUCAACCUUGAAAAUAUUGGAUCUUUCAGAAAAUCAAUUAAGUGGAAAGAUACCAGAAGAUAACAAAUUGUCAUCUCAAUUGGAGUCAUUGUCAAUUAGUUCAAACACUUUAGAAGGUGGAAUUCCAAAAUCAUUUGGAAAUGCAUGUGCUUUGCGAUUAUUGGACAUGUCUAACAACAACUUAAGUGAAGAGUUUCCAUUGAUAAUUCAUAACUUGUUUGGAUGUACUAGAAAUUCAUUGGAACACUUACGUCUAGGCAUGAAUCAAAUCAAUGGAACGUUACCUGAUCUCUCAAUUUUCUCGUCUUUAAAAAGUUUAAAUGUUGCUGGAAACAAGUUAAAUGGGGAGUUUCCUAAAGAUAUUCAAUUUCCUCCUCAAUUGGAAGAACUGUAUAUGCAAUCAAACUCCUUGAAAGGUGUGCUAACUGACUACCAUUUUGCUAAUAUGUCCAAGUUAUAUUCGUUGGAGUUAUCUGACAACUUAUUAUUAGCCUUGACAUUUACCCCAAAUUGGGUUCCACCGUUUCAGUUAAGGUAUAUAAGAUUGCAAUCUUGCAUGCUUGGUCCAAGAUUUCCCAAAUGGUUACGAACACAAAAUGAGUUUAGUGAUUUGGACAUUUCGAAUGUUGGAAUAUCAGAAACGGUUCCAAAAUGGUUUUGGACUAAAUUAGCAUCGCGAAAAUGGAUUUCAAUGAAUAUUUCAUGCAAUAAUCUACAUGGCAUAAUUCCAUAUUUUCCAAUAAAGAAUCCUUAUUCAUCCCUAAUUCUUGGAUCAAAUCAAUUUGAAGGCCCUAUUCCCCCAUUUCUUAGAGGUUCCACAUUGCUUGAUUUAUCCAACAAUAGGUUUUCAGGAUCUCUUUCAUUUUUAUGUGUGGGUAGCACAAUUGGAAUAUUAUACCAGUUAGAUAUUUCAAAUAAUAAGUUGUCUGGACAAAUUCCAGAUUGUUGGAGCCGUUUCAAGUCAUUAGCUUAUUUAGAUUUGAGUCAUAAUAAUUUUUCAGGAAAGAUUCCUACUUCAAUGGGAUCCCUUUUUGAUCUUCAAGCAUUGUUUUUGAGAGACAACAACUUAACCGAUGAAAUCCCUUUCUCUUUGAGGAGUUGCACAAAGCUAGUGAUGGUAGAUAUGGCAGAAAACAAUUUAUCAGGAUCUAUCCCUGAUUGGGUUGGGAGCAAAUUAGAAAACUUGCAAUUUUUAAGUUUACAAAGGAAUCAUUUCCAAGGAAAUUUACCAUUGCAAAUUUGUUACUUAAGACACAUUCAACUCUUGGAUCUCUCACUGAACAACUUUUCUGGGCGAAUUCCUGAAUGUAUAAAAAAUUUUACUUCAAUGACUCAAAAGACAUCUUCAAGUGAUUAUGUAUAUCAUUGGUAUAGAGUUGAGACCAAAUAUUUGUAUAGCCCUCAACACUAUGAUUUGAAUGCACUCUUGAUGUGGAAAGGGUCGGAAAAACCUUUUAAGAAUAAUGGGUUACUACUCCUAAAAAGCAUUGAUCUCUCAAGCAAUAACUUUUCAGGAGAAAUUCCAGUAGAAUUGGAGAUUUUAUUGGAAUUGGUUUCGUUGAAUUUAUCAAGAAACCAUUUGACAGGAAAAAUUCCUUUGAACAUUGGCAAACUUGCAUCCCUUGAAUUUCUUGAUUUGUCAAGAAACCAACUAGUUGGUUCAAUUCCUACAAGUCUAACGCAAAUUUAUCGACUCACCAUGUUAGAUUUGUCACAUAACCAUCUAGCUGGAAAAAUUCCAACUGGUACACAAUUACAAAGUUUCAAUGUCUCGAGUUUUGAAGAUAAUCUCAAUCUAUGUGGGCCACCACUUGAGAAAGUGUGUUUUGAAAGGGGACCAACACAGAAACCAAAUGUUGAAGUUCAUGACGAUGACUAUUCUCUUUUGGAUCGUGAAUUUUACAUCAGUAUGGCAGUUGGAUUUGUUAUAAGCUUUUGGGGGGUGUUUGGCUCAAUUUUAUUCCACCGUUCUUGGCGAUAUGCUUAUUUCAGAUUCUUGAAUAAGUUAUCAGACAAUAUUUUUGUUGCAGUGCUGGCUAACAAAAUACAAAGGUGA